GCGUCUCCUGCAGUGCGCAUGCGCAGACCCGAUGAGACGCUCAUCGUUUUCGCAUCUCGGAGCUCGCGCGCCGCUUCGCUUCGGCCACAAGGAGGAGGGGAAGAGAACAAGCAAUCGGUGUUGUGUUAUUUCUGCCCUCCUCGUCACUGCCGCUGCCGCCGCGGUGUAAAAAAAAAAAAAAAAAGAAGAAGAGGCAUCGGCAAGGAGAGAGAAGAAGCCAUACGAUGAAGAAACGUUAUGUGGACGCGAACAGGCUUCGGAAGAUGAAAAAACUAAAAAUCACGGAGAAGCUGUCGGAAAGUGCGUACACCUUCCUGAAGUUUAUGGUGAUGUGGACGGUGGUGCUCCUGGCAGAUUUCAUCCUUGAGUUCAGACUGGAGUAUUUAUGGCCGUGCUGGCUCUUCUUUGGGAGCGUGUACACCACUUUCCAUUGCCACGGGCUGGUUAUUUGUGUUGUUUUUGUUUGUGCUGCCUUCACACUGGACAUCUUUUGUUUAAUCUUUGUGCCGUUGCACUGGCUCUUUUUUGUGGCAAGCACCUAUGUGUUAUUUAAUUAUAUUUGGCACACAGAGAAGGGCAUCUGUAUAUCGACGGUGUCCCUGUGGAUCAUGCUGGUGUACACAGAGGCUUCGCUUCGACUCAAAGACCUCAGUACCUCCCAUCCCAACCUCUCUCAUCUUUUCGCUGCACACUGCAUUGGAUAUCCCGUCGUCUAUCUGGGGUUCGAUGCCACCUGCUACUUCACCAACGUUUUUAAGCUGCGGGUUCAGAAAGCCGUUCAGAGCGACAACGACUUUCACAUGCACCUCCUUCAGCACUCGCUCCCGCCAGGUCUGCAGGUUUACUCCAAGACCAGCACAGAUGGCAGCAGCAGCUCUAAAUGGAAGUUCAAGCCUGAGUCGAGUCAGUACCAGUGUCAGAACGGCGCUGUGGUGUCCCACGAUGACGCUCACAGUGUAGACUGCCUUCAGAUUCGCAGCGAGGAGCGUGGAGCGGAGGUGAGGUCGGUGGAAUCGAACCGACGGCCGGCGACGUUAUUCAAACCCGCUGCUGCUGCUGCUGCUGAGUCCAAAGACCAGCUUCACGGCGGGGAAGGGUCAGAAACCUCUGCAACCCCAGAAAGUCUACCUCACGAGGAGCAGGGAAGCAAAGCCCCACGGGCGGCCAAAAACUCCUCGCCUAAAGCCCGCAGAGGCAGCACGAACACUCCUUCACCUCCUGCAGGAAGGACGGAGAAGAAACCGAGGAGCUCGAAAACAAUCAGCCCCAACAGGAGCACAGAGGAGAAGAGCACCGCGGUGGCUCAGAACUAUCACGCCGAGCAAAUGAACAAGCUUGAGGCGGAGCUGCGGAGGCUGAGGGGCGAGCUGCAGGUGAGCAGGCAGAGCGAGCAGGAGCUGCGGAGUCACGUCUGUAACUUGACGAACAGCGAGAGGAGCCUGAGGCCAGAGGUGUCCCUCCUCAGACAGUCCAACAUGCUGCUCCAGAGCAAGAUUCUGUGCUUGACUAAAACCAAGCAGCGCGACAAGCAGACCAGCAUGAUGCUGGAGAAAAAGAGCAGAGCCGAGGCAGAAGCCAGACUCGCUGCUGAGAAGCAGUUGGCCGAGCUUCAGGCUCAGAAACUGGAGGAGGCGGCGAGCGCUGCACGGAGUCUGACAAACAGGCAGGAACACUGUGAAACCCAAAUGUUAAGGAAAAGAGUUAAAGAUCUAGAAACAGAGUACAAACAACUACAGCUGGAGUAUCAAGUGAAAGAGACUCGUGUGGUAGAUCUAGAGAGAGAGAUCGAGGCUUUGGGGAAGUACCGCUGCGUGGAGAAAGAGACGGACGUGUUGCUCUGCACGUUGUCGGCCAUGCAGGAGAAGGCUCAACAUCUGGAGUACAACCUGAGCGCCGAGACCCGGAUCAAGCUGGACCUGUUCUCUGCGCUCGGAGACGCCCGCAGGCAGCUGGAAAUCGCUCAAGAUAAAGUGAAGAAGCAGGACAGAGAAAUCCGUCAGAUGAAGCAGAAGAUCGCAGAAGUGAUGGCGGUCAGCCCCGGCGUGUCCUACGUGGCUCCGCGGCCGCAGGUACCUCAGUAUCUCACCAAGUUUCUCAACUCUGAGCGCUACAUGCUGAAUCCACGGGCGCUGAUGUACCAGUGUCUGAAGAAAU